CCGUAUUCACAAACCAAACUUAUACUUAUACUUAUGACUUAAGUCAGCGAACAGCCCUUAACGCGUUUCAAGAACCAACCUUGUACUUAUCGCAGAACUUUUCUCGUACUUAUCGCCGUGAUAAGUAAGGCUUGGUUAAGGUAGCCUCCGACCUACCUUAACGCUCCCUUGUAAACAAACAAAAUGGCGGCGAUGGACGACAACUUCGCGGAGUUCGUUAACUAUCUGGAGCGUCGUGAGGAACUAAUGCGUGGGGCAGCCUUUUCAUACGCGUCACCGCCACGGCGAGUGCUCAGGGAUCGCUUGAAUCCCAUGGAAGUGUACGACGACUACGAGUUUUUGUGCCGUUAUCGAUUUACAAAAAGGACCGUGCAGCAGCUGCUCGAUAGGCUGCCUCUGCGGGAGAACACCGAUGGACGUGGGUUCCCUGUGCCGCCUCUCCUGCAGCUGCUCAUCACACUGCGCUUCUAUGGAGCCGGCACGUUCCAAAUUGUGACCGGCGACCUAGUGAAUGUUUCACAGCCGACAGUGUCACGGGUAAUCGAACGCGUAUCGACUAUGAUCGCCAGAAGCCUAUUUCCUGUGCUUGUGCAAUUUCCCGCCGCUUCAAAAAUGAGUGGUGUAAUGCAAGAUUUCUAUAGAAUAGGCAAGUUUCCCGGUGUGAGUGGGUGCAUUGAUUGCACCCAUGUGCCAAUUAAGAGCCCCGGUGGUGACCACGCCGAGGUGUACCGCAACCGGAAAGGAUACUUUUCGAUAAAUGUUCAGGGAAUCACGGGGCCCGACCUACAAUUUUAUGAUGUAGUGGCUAGCUGGCCAGGGUCUGCCCACGAUAGCAGAAUUUUCGACAGCAGCCGCGCCAGAGUGCUGUACGAGACGGGUGCCAUCCCCGGUAUUCUUCUCGGAGACAUGGGCUAUGCCUGCAGGUCAUAUCUGAUGACUCCUCUCAAGGAUCCUGCCCAAGGCACCCCAGAGUACAGGUACAACAAGUCGCAAGCAAAAACAAGAAACAGCGUGGAACGUGUGUUUGGAAUUUGGAAGAGGAGGUUCCCGUGCCUUCAGAUGAAGCUGCAAAUUGACACAGACACCUCACUCAUAGUAAUCACUGCAUGUGCGGCGCUUCACAACCUUAGCAGAAUUCUACAUGACCCAUGCCCUCCGAAUGUACAGCCCCACACUGCACCCAGUGUUCAACAGCCUACACCAACUUUGCCGAAUGGACAGCCGCAGAUGGCAAUUCAAGACUCCAAUGGCUUCAGAACUCGCUCUCGUAUUAUAGCAAAUUAUUUUUCAUAAAUGCAUGUAAACUUUGUAUUGCACUUUAUAUUCCUUUUUAUCAAACAAAAAUAGAUAAGUAGGCAGCUUCAACUGGUGGACGCCAGGUACAGAGGUUAAGCGCUAGAGCGAAACACAGAAUGCAGCGCAGUUUUGUUUGUGACCCUAACUAGAAUCCAACCAGUCCAACAAGUACUCUUAUAUUUCACUUAGCUUGUCAAAUGACACAAAUAUGGACAGGUAACACUGCCUAGGUCAGCAAAAACUUCAUAAGGGUGGUUCAUAAGGUUCAAUGAACCUAAAGCGAAAUUGAACUCGUCCAAAAAACAAAAGUGAAAAGUAAAACAGUUAAAAGAAGCAUAUAACAUCGCCUCUUCUCAAGUCCUCCCAAAGAUUGGUCUAUCAAAUACAUGGCGCCGCGCCACCAACACUCGCAUGUUAUACAUACAUAUGCAGCAUGAGCAACACAGCAGCACUGAUUGCCCGCACUCUGCUUGGCCCUUCCUCUCAUUUGGCAAGCUCACGGUGAAGCACAACCUCAACUGCGACAACCUUCGUAAAUGCAGUAUUUUGUAGCAGAAUGAUUAUAAACUAAUAUGCACAGUUGGCAGUUGUGCACUGCUUAUCAUCAGCAAUGUAAGGUUUGCUUGUUGUCGUACCCUUUUGUAACUAUCUGCACUGAUAGCAUACAACUCUGCACUAAUUGCACACAACUGUCACCAAAUUCAAGACCAUUUAUGACGAUUAAAUAUGCUACUUCCCCAUGAAGGGAUGUCAUGCACUUCUGAAUGUUACGAAUGCAGGAGCUACCUAACGUUUGCUUGUUUUUUACAGGCACAAUGUCAUUAAAAUUUCACAACAGCACGUUUCAGUGCUAGUUGUCUUUUUCAAUCGAUUCAACACUGUUGCACGUGAUUACCGUGUACAAAGCCUUUGAAAUUGGUGGUAGCAAACAUCAUGCCUGUGUUUCCCAGAAUAAUUGUAUCAAAGGCCACGGCGGCCGCAUUUCGAUGGGGGCGAAAUACGAA